CAUGAUAUCGCGAUGCCCCAUCCUCCUCAAUUUCCUGCCCAAUUCUACAAUUCUUCAAUUCUACCAACCCCCCUCCAUCGUCCUCCGACGGCCCAAAUUACGGAUUACAUCCUGUCGUGCUUCUGUUUUCGCACCAUUCGUCCUGCAAUCACACCUGUGGAUGAAUGAACAACAUCUCGUGCAAUGCGCCAUUCCUUUCCGACAGCCUGACUGGCAUCUUCUUCCAGUCCGAUACCCAUUUGCUUGACUGGCUAGUUUCUUCUCCUCCCUCUUCAUCACUGUUAUUAAUAUCAUUAUUAUUUUUAAAAUAAAUAAAUAAAUAGGUACUGCUGUUGUAUGUACCGUCGGAUUGCAAUGGCCAGCUCAUCGCGGAUAAUCCUUCCCCGCAUCGAUACCUCAAAUUCGUGGCUGUUACUCCAGGACGAGUCUGCACAGGGCCAACUGGUCUCGACGGUUGCGCAUGUGCUCGGCCUGGAGAGGGACAGUGUUCAGCUGCUCGACUCGUUUUCCGACCUUGGAGGGACCCAGGAGAGCGCCACCGCAGUCCAGAAGGCGUGCAUGGAGAUUGGCAUCGCAGUGAAAACCAAGGACAUCCUCCAGUGCCCCACUCUUGCCGAGCUCCAGACCUGCAUCAGCCCCUGUGCCCGGCAAUCACAAUGUCAAGACUCGGUCGAGUCCGUCAUGAUCGCCCCGCAUGGAAUCCACAACGCCAGCCGCCUGUCCGUCGCCGACUCCCGCAGCCGGCAUUCUCGGCAUUCGAGCCGUUCUAGCAGCUCGAGUAACAUCCAGCAGAGGACCAAGGUCGAAGAGAUAUUGGACUCACACAAACUCGUCUCGAGGAUAACAACAACCAAGCCGAAGGCUGGCUUGCUCGAGGACAAACUCGUGGCAUUUCUGACGCUCAGUUACUAUGCGCCGCGGGCAUGCGAAAGCCUGGACGACGUCCACUUGAUAUCGCAGUCGCAGAUGUUUUUCGCAGGCACCCAGAUCGCGACGCUGCGGAGGGUGCUCCAGGAAUCGCGCCAGGAAUCGCAACAGGCUGAUAUUAUGCCCGAGGCGUGGGUUGUGCUGGAUGAGAUGCCGCUCACCGAAUCAGGUGACAUCGACCGGCGGCGGCUGCGUACAUGGGCUCAGAACAUGAACGAAGAGACAUAUCGCCUGGUCAUGAGCCUGGACACCAGUGAAACACUCCAGAAGCCGUCAACCGAGAUGGAAAGAUCCCUCCAGACCCUGGUCGGCAAGGUUCUCCAGGUGCCCCGGGAACAGAUAGGUGUCAACUUCACAUUCAGUCGCCUCGGCGGCGACGAGCUAUCAGCGAUGGAGCUGGUCGCCCGAUGCAAGCACCAGUCGAUCAACCUCGACGCUAACGAGGUGCUGCAGGGUCUCACGUUGGCGGAUCUAGCUGCUCUCGUGUCUCAGCGGGGCGGACUGGCACAUAAAUGGGACGAGGACCGGCUGGAUUGCUUCGACCUGUCGCCCAUGCAACAGCUGUACGUCCGCACCACCAUGGGAGGCGACGCACGGCGCCGGGCGUCGGGCGACGGCAGUUACCGGUUCAACCAAAGCUUCCUCCUUCGGCUGAAGAAACACUACUUGCUCGAGGACAUGCUGGCUGCAGUCGAGACCAUCGUUGGACACCACUCGAUGCUCAGGUCCCGCUUCACGCUCGAGACUGGCAGGUGGUCGCAGAAGAUAUUCCCCGACGUCUCGGGUUCUUAUGCCUUCAACUAUCAUUCCGUCCACUCCAAUCUCGAGGUUGAGGCCGCCAUCGAAAGGACUCAGGCAACGAUCAAUGUCGAGAGUGGCCCCGUGUUUGCCGUCGACUACUUCCAAACGAAUGACGGCCAUCAGAUGAUCUAUUUGGCCGCCCAUCACCUGGUCGUUGACCUUCCGUCCUGGCGCAUCAUCCUCCACGACCUGGACGAGCUUCUCGAACAUGGGAACCUAUCUUCCCAACGUUCGAUGCCGUUCCGGAGAUGGAUCGAGCUGCAAAAGUCGAUGCUGCAAGGGUUGGGCACCAGUAACAUGCCAUCGAUCGCGGGAGGGCAUUACUCCGACUAUGGCUACUGGGGAUUGAGAGACCGCCCAAACACGUACGGUGAUUCGCUGGAGGCCGUCUUCUCGUUGAGCCCAGAAGUCACGUCCGCCCUCCAGACCUCGUGCAACGAUGUGUUUGGAACCGACCCGGUCGAGAUCUAUCUAGCGGCACUCCUACUUUCGUUUGCACAAACCUUCCACGAAAGACCGGUACCCAUUGUGUGGAAUCACGAGCAUGGGCGGCAGACGUGGAACCCGGACAUCGACAUCUCUGAGACCGUAGGAUGGUUCACGUCUCUGUGCCCCAUCGUGCAGAGGGUGGGGAACCGUGACGACAUUGUCGGACUUCUUCGCCAGCUCAAGGAUGGUCGCCGGUCCAUGCCAGGCCGCGGAUCUCACUUCUUCGCAUCCCAGUUUUACAAUGCCAACGGACCGGGCACCUUCUCACCAAACAACAACCCUUUCGAGAUUGUAUUCAGCCAUGCGGGCCCCCUCCAGCAUCUCACACGUGGCGACGGCAUCCUCGAGCAGAUGGAUAUUCCUGGCCGGACCUCGGCUUCGAGCACAGCAGAUAUUGGCUCCGGAGUCGGGCGGAUCGCUGUGUUUGAGGUCAGCGCGGUGGUAGACCAAGGAGUCGCCAACAUCAAGUUUCUCUACAGCCGCUACGCAAGCCUUCAGGAUCGUAUCUCAUCAUGGAUCUCCAACUACGAAUACGUCCUCCUCGAUGCCGUCAGCAGGCUCAGGUAUCACGCGCAUGAACUCACGCUGGCCGAUGUUCCCCAUCUGGAUGUGACAUAUGAUGGCCUUGCCAAGUUGAACAAGGGUUGUCUCGCGGGCCUCAACCUCGCCAGCAUCCGCGACGUGGAGGCGGUUUAUCCUGUCACCUCGAAUCAGCAAUGGAUCCUCGUCAGCCAGGCCCAGGACCCGGACACUUGCUUCCUGCACACCAUCCACCAAUUUACCUGUCCCAACGGCGAACCGGUCGAUACUUACCAACUCUGCUCUGCCUGGCAACAUGUGUCAUCGAGACACGCAGCCCUGCGCACCGUGUUCACUGAGAGUGUCACCCAAACAGGCUUGUAUGACCAGGUUGUAUUGCGCAAGAUCUCGCCGGAUAUGCUCUUUAUCGAUGCCGUCCCGCCAGAUGACCCGGUUGACGAAUUGAACAGCCUCCCAGGCAUCAGAAUGGACGACAACAAACCUCCUCAUCGACUUACAGUUUGCAGAACCCCGACCAGGACGUUGAUUAAACUCGACAUCAGCACUGCAAUAUGUGACACGGCCAGCGUACACACCCUCGUGAACGACCUCUGGCAGAUCUACACGACGCAGAGGGCCAUCCCCGAUCCCAUCCAUUUCUCGUAUUCCGACUAUCUCGAGUUUCUGAAGACGGCGAGGGAGGGCGAGAGCUUGGCGUUCUGGCGGAAGCAACUUCAAGGCGUCCAGCCGUGCUUCUUCCCCGAUCGGGGCUCACUGAAACAGAAGCGACAGCGCACGGAAGCCACCCUUGAGCUUGACAUUUCCACUCAAUCCCUCACCAUCUUCGCAGAGACACAGCACGUUUCGAUCGAGGCAGCCAUUCGGCUUGCAUGGGGCCUCAUCCUUCGAUCAUUCACCGGCAUGAAAAGGGUCUGCUUUGCUUGGCAGGCUACUGGGCGAGAUGACUUGGUGACAGGCUCGCGACAGGCCGUGGGAUCUUUUGCCAACACCAUCCCAUGUUCCAUGAACCUCUCGCCAGAUGACCGUAUCGUCUCCACCCUUCAAAACGCUGAUAAGCAACUGAGUCUCACUUCGGUCCAUCAAUAUAUCUCCAUUCCCGAGGCUUUGCAUGCAGUGGGUCUCAGGGGCUCUACGCAGCUGUUCAACUCCUGCCUUCUCUACACCGAUGAACCAGCGGACCUGGGCAGCGACUCCAGCUCACAUCAGGACCCGGAGCUCAGGCACGUGUCCCAACAACAGUCAUCCCCAUUCGAAGUCUCCAUCCACGUCCGUCACUCCCGAGGCAAGCUUGUCGUCGAUAUCUGCGGCAGCGUCAUGAGCCGGCAUCAAGCACUCGGCGUGGCGACCACCUUCGGCCAGGCUAUACAGGCGAUCACGGACUCUUCAGACGGCCAAAUCAGGAGCAUCAACCUCUUCAGCGACCGUGAUUACGCUCAGCUUGUAUCCUGGGCAAGCGAGGUGACACUUGGCGAGCGCGAGGGCGGCGGAUAUGUUGUACACGAUCUGGUGGCGAGGCACGCGCAAACGACUCCGCAUGCGGCGGCCGUCUGUGCGUGGGACGGCGAGCUUACCUAUCAGCAGUUGGUGAGCGAGGCCACAAAGCUUGCCUAUCGCCUCGUUGAUGCCGGGGCAGGCCCGGAAACCGUCAUACCGGUGAUUCUGGACAAGAGCCGCUGGGCCCCUGUUGCAUUGUUGGCUGUAUUACAAGCCGGCGCCGCCUUUGUAGCAAUCGAUUCAGAGGAUCUUGUCUCGAUUCAAGCAAUAGCUGACAAGCUGGACGCCAAUAUUGCCAUCGUCACUCGGCAAGCAGCCGCAGUCAUUGGUAACGUCUUUGAGGACAUGAUCGUCCUGGAUAACGACAUAUUUUCUCAGCUCCCACAUCAUUCCCAGCCAUUUAUGUCCAUAGCAACGCCCGACGACGCCGCUUGCGUCCUAUUCCCCCCGGCGACCUCGAAGGAGUCAAAGGGGAUUGCGUUCAGCCACGCGGCCAUGUCCACCGCCUUCUUAACCCAGGGGCCGGCCGCAAGAAUCUCGUCUUCAAGCCGGGUAAUGCAGCUGUCCUCCUUCAACGCUGACAUUGCACUAUCCGAAGUGUUCACAACGCUAGUCCACGGCGGAUGCAUCUGUGUGCCCUCGGAGUACGAGCGCUUGCACGACUUCGCCGCCGCCGCAGACCGCAUGGAGGUUAACUGGACUUAUAUGACACCAUUCCUCUCCAGGAAGCUGAAGCCGGCUUCCUUACCCACCGUUAAGGAUGUUUGCUUCCGCACACGCAACCUGGACGACGACACCUACGGCCAGUGGACCGGGAAGGCCAAUGUCAUGCUCGCCUACGGAACAUUGGACGUGUGUCCGCUGGGUAUCGCGUUCCUCGACGUCACCGAUGCGAAUCAGCUCAAGUGCAUCGGGCGGCCGUUUGCGGGCAGUUUCUGGGUCGUGGACCCCGAGAAUAAUCGGCGGCUGGUUGCCAUCGGUGCGGUAGGGGAGCUGAUAAUUGAGAGCCCUACACUAGGGACAAGUUACCCAGAGACGGAGCCAGUUCAGAGCCCAGUUAGCGUCCUGGAGGGCAACGCUGGCAAGAAGACCAGACACUUCAAAACCGGCCACCUAGUCAGAUAUCUGGAAGGUGGCACAGUCGAGUUCAUCUCCAGCAAGCGACGAGAAGAGCUCGAGAUCAACGGAAGAAGCUUUGAUAUAGCAGAUAUGGAGAAGAACAUCCGUCGCUGUCUGGGCCAGGGCACCGAGGUUAUCGUGGAGGCGAUCGCCUUCGGGGAGGAAACGACAACCCCUCCUGCCCUGGUAACCUUUAUCGAGUUUGGAGACAGCCUGCUCAGUGAAUUGGAAGACGUCACGCAACUCAGUAACCCGGUCAGGGAAAAGAUCAACAUUGCAAAGCAGCUCGUGCAGACGGGCUUGAGAAACUCGACUGAGUCGUCCCUGAUUCCGUCAAUCUUCAUCCCGGUCAGACAGCUUCCAAUCACGCAGUCGCUGAAGGUUAACCGGCGUCGGCUCCAGAAGAUGAUCCGCGGCCUGUCGAGGGAGCAACUGGUCGCAAUCUCAGACAUGCGGAGCCCGAAUCCCGUCCAGACUGUGAGUCUCAAGCCGCUGCCGCUCACACAGGGCGAAGAGCGAAUGCGGUCGAUUUGGGCCAAGAUGCUAGACGUGGACGAGAAGUCGAUCGACGCUUCAUCUGGGUUCAUCAGCGCCGGAGGGGACGAUGUUCUUGCUUCCAAGCUCGUCGUUGCUUGCAGGCACGCGGGGAUAACACUCUGCAUCGCUGACGUCUUGAGGAAUGCGAGCCUGACAGAGCUAUGUCGAGGCAUGUCGACAGCCGAUGAAUCGGACCUCCCGGAGCAUUACUCCUCAGAAUCGUCAGCGAUGACAUCGCCUGAGGCGGCCCGGCGCGCUUCCCUCACCGAUAGCUUCGUGGAGAGGAUCAUGGCACCUAAGCUGGGAGUGGAUCGCAUGGCCAUCAAAGAUGUGGUUGAGGCGUCGGCGACGCAAACAAGGUGUAUCGAGUCUGGGAUGCUCCGCGGCCGCGCAAACGUCGACUAUUUCAUCUUCGACCUCUCCGGUUCGGUUGACUGGGAGAGAUUGGAAGAGGCCUGUCAAGUGCUCGUGACCAUACACCCCAUCCUGCGCACAGCAUUCGUUCCGUAUAACCGGCAGGUCUACCAGGCAAUCGUCAAGUCGUCGUCGUGUUCAGACUUCAAGCGCUAUUCCUGCCCCGGCUGGAGACAGGCGGCGCUCGUGGAGAAGAUUGUAAAGAAGGAUCAGUCGACACCGAUCGCCUUCAGUGCUCCGAUGACCAAGUUCACGCUUCUCGACGGAGGGAAGAGCGCGACCCUUAUUCUGAGGCUCUGCAAAGCCCAGUACGACGACUUUUCGGUUGCGCUGCUGGUCAAGGACCUCAAGCGGCUAUACGACUGCAUCAAUAACCCACCGCGGAGGCCGACAUUCUGUGACUUCAUCCGGUGUACCCACGCCGCCAUCUCUCAAGGCGCCGAAGAAUACUGGAAGACGCUCCUUGAAGGCUCAAAGAUGACGCAGGUCGUCGGCCACACCAGACCCUACCAGCUCAGUACCAAUGUCAAGACGCUGCGCGCGAGGCUGACGGUUGGAUCGCUCGAGAACUUGACCGUCUCAUUUGGGACGGUUCUCAAGUCUGCUUGGGCGAUGGUCUUGGCGACCCUCUCCGGGUCUUCGGACGUCGUGUUUGGCGAGAUCAUCGAGGGGCGCCACGUCAAGCUCGAAGGGAGUCAGUCGGCGUCCUCAGUUCUCGGCCCAGCUGCCAAUUCCAUCCCCGUGCGCGUCCGGUUUCCCGAUACGUCCCUAACCCCUCUCACGCUCCUCGAGUACGUCGACGAGCAGCACGCCGCGAGCAUCCCGUUUGAGAACAUGGGAUUUCUGAACGUCGUCGAGAAAUGCACCCUCUGGCCCUACUGGACGCGCUUCAGCACCGUCGUCCAGCACCAGUCACAAGACGCCGCAGUCAACCCGCAGGAGCCGAAGGCGUUCCGCCUCGGCGCCGCAACCUGCCGACUCACCGUCAUCGAGCCGGGAGCCAGGGACGUACACGACCUACUCGUGCACUCGAUAGCGCGGAAACACGGCGGGAUUGAGCUCAGGCUCACCUUCUGCGCCGACCGCGUCCCCGAGAGCCUUGUCGAGCAGGCGCUUCGGUUGCUGUGCGAGACGGUGAACAUGCUCACGAGCGUGAGCAAUACGCAGCCGAUAAUCCCAAGCGGCUACCAGUACCGCGCUAUGGAGAAGAGAAUCCCGAUACCGCCGACACCUACCACGACAGGCGCAGCCCCUCCCCACCCCCUGGAUGUUGCAUCCAUUGCCGACAUAGACACGACCACCCCGCUAGGCCCCGAAUACGAAGCCAACAGGCUACCCGAAGACCAGAUCCGGGCGAUCCAGACGGCUAUCUCGAAGGCCUGGUCGUCGGUGCUCAAGCCGCGGUCGCUGGGCGUGCCGGAGGAGCAUCUCCACACAGCCGCCUUCUACGACCUCUGGGGCAGCCUCAUACCGGCGGCCCAGCUGGCGGCUCACCUCAACCGCGAGCUGCCGCGCCUGGGACUCGGGGGGCUCGAGGCGGUGACGGUCACGAUGGAGGACGUCAUCGAUAACCCAACCAUGCUGGACCAGUUUCGGCUCGUUGCAAGGAGGAUGGUGGCGGCGGCGGGGGUGCCGACGACGACGGCGACAACGACAACCUCGGCGACCGAGUAUCCGGCAACGCCGCCGCCACCACAAUCGCCCAGCGCGAGACGGAAGCGCGCCGUGUCCAUGUCGGUCUCGGCGUCGGCGGCCACCAUCGGCAGCCGCAUCCGCCGCCUGACCGGCACGAUCGCGCACCCGGCAGCGCGUAGCAAUAGUAGCCGCAGCAGCAGCAGCAGCAGCAACAGCAGCACCCCCGAGGCGCGGGUCGAGGCCGGCUUGUCCGGAUUCCCUGGCUUCCCCGGCUUCCCAGUGGGUGGACGGCAGACGCCGCAGUCGGCGGCGAUGGUCCCGGCGGCGUUUGCGGACCGGGAGAGCGGGAGCGGGAGCGGGAGCGGGAGCAGUAGCUCUGCGGCGAGCAUGACGCUUAGCAUGACGGCGGCGGGGAGCAGUGUGAGCAGCCGCGGUAGCAUUGGCGGGGGAGGUAGAGGGGGCGAAGAAGACCUUUUCGCAGAUGACGACGUCGCCGUCGCGGAGCAACAGCAGCAGCAGCUGACGGUUGUCGAGAGGGCGCUGGUGCCCGCGCCGCUGAGGAGGGUGCCGCCUCAGCACGUGAAGGUCCCGGCGGCGGGAUUCCGGGGCGGGCACGAGGACGUCGUCAGCCCUUUGAGUGCUGCGAGCCCGGGAGUGGGGUUUUGGGAUGUCAGAGCUGUUCUGGGAGGUGGUGGUGGUGGUGGUGCCGGGGAAGGAUACGCGGGCAUGAGGCAGGAUUCAGAUGCUGCUGAUUUGUUUGAGAGGAUGGGCUUGGUUUCGCCGAUUGUCAGUCAUGGGCAGUAGAAAUUGUCCCCGUGUGCAGUGCAGCUGAAAGCUCAGACUAUCCAAUGGCGGCAGACGUGGCUGGGCGCCUCGUUCUAGGUUGUAAUUAGUUAUUGCGAAUUCACCGCCUCCAGCCAACUACAUUUACCAAGGCAACCAUGGGUCUCCUUGGCGUUUUCUUCA